AUGAUCAAGAACGGCACGUCCGUCGAGACGGUGCCGCUCACGGCGUCGCGCUUCCUCCUGGGCCGCGCGGCGGACUGCGUGGCCUACGCGAUGGCGCACGCGAGCAUCUCGCGCGUGCACCUCGUCUUCCAGCGGAGCAACGACGGGCGGCUCUACGUCGCCGACUGCGGCAGCGCCCACGGGUCGCGGCUCAACAAGGCGCCGCUGCCGCCGCUGAAGUACGUCGAGGCGCGCGGCGGCGACGUGCUGCAGCUCGGCGCGUCGACGCGCGUGCUCGCCAUCCACGCCGCGGGCCAGGACCGCGCGGCGCGCGCCCUGUUGGAGAACGAGGACGUGCGCCUCGACGCGUCGGGCACGUUCGCGGUGCCGACGCGCGUGGUGGCGCCCGCGGAGGCCGCGCGGAGCGUCCGCGCGGCGGCCGAGGCGCCGCGGGCCCGCGCCGCCGCCGCCGCCGGCGGCGGCGCGCCGCCGGCCCGGGACGCCGUGACCUGGGGCUUCGCCGAGGACGCCGAGGACGCGCGGGACGUCGCGGGCGUCUCCGAGGCGGACCUACCCGAGUACCUCAAGACGAACCGCGGCUUCAUGGAGUACGGCGGCGAGAUCAAUUCGACGCUCAAGGACGGCGAGAAGCACGCCAAGGACGCCAAGCUCCACGAGCGCCUCGAGACGAAGCUCCGGAAGCUCAACCGGUGCCGGUCCGACAACCAGCGGCUGCUGUCCAAGGAGGGCGGCGCGGACGGCCUCAGCGACGGCCAGAAGCGCGCCUUCGACGUCAACGACGCCCAGAUCGCCAAGCUCACGGACGAGAUCGCCGACCUCGAGGAGACGAUCCGCGGGCGCAACGCGCAGCGCGAGACGUCGGAGCGGCGCCGGGGCGGGGCCGACGGCGACGACGACGGCUACCUCUACGCGAAGCAGCACGCGCGCGAGUCGAACGCCGGCGCCGCGCGCGCGACCGCGCGCGCCCCGGGCGACGACCUCGACGCGUUCAUGGCGACGAACGACGCCGAGGCGGCCGCGGCGCGCCGCGCGUCGGCGCGCCGCGACGCCGCCGCGCUCGAGGCCGAGCGCGCGCGGCUCUCGCGGCUCAUGGACGUCGCGCGGCCCGCGCUCGACGGCCUCUCGGCCGCGCGGACGCCCGGGGCCGUCGCGCCGGCGCCCGCCGCCGAGGAGGAGGAGGCCGAGGAGGCCGAGGAGGCCGCCGCCGAGGCGCCGGCGCCCGCGGUGAGCGCCGCGCGCGCGCUACUGCCGACGCCGCGCGCGGACGCGCCCCGGGAGCGCGCCGCGGCGCCCAUGGCGCCGACGCUCCCGCGGCGGCCGCCGUCGCCGCCGCCGGACUUUGAGACCGAGGCCAAGGACGACGACCGGCCCGCGAAGAAGAAGCGCAAGCGCGCGCCGCGCGGGCCGAAGCGCCCCCCGGCCGGCUACGCGGACGCGGCGGCGGCGGCGUCGCUCGAGGGCGGCGACGCGGCCUGGGUGCCGCCCCAGGGCCAGGACGGCUCGGGCCGCACGGCGCUCAACGAUAAGCUCGGGUAUUAG